AUGGAUGUUGUCGGCAGCGAAAUUGGGCAGAAGAUGCGGUCUGCUAUCAAGGCCAAACUGACAGAAUUGGGGUGCUAUGUCGAUGAUGAGCUCCCUGAUUAUGUCAUGGUCAUGGUAGCAAAUAAACGCACUAGAGCUCAGAUGGAGGAUGAUUUGCAAUUGUUCCUUGGGGAUAAUACUGAAUUAUUUGUCAAUUGGCUUCAUCAAGUAUUAAAGAAAUUACAAGAAGUCACUGUCUCAUCUGUACCACUAAAAACAGACAUUGAAAAAAGCAAAGAGGGGUCACAGUCCAAAGAAAGGAAACAAAAGGACAAAAAAGAUAAAGAAAAGACAAAAAAGGGAGAGUCUUCAAAGAAAGCCAAAAAGAAAGAGAAAGAGAGAGCUCGGAAAAAAGAAGAAAAGAAAUCUCACAAAAGCAAGAAGAAAAGUAAACAUCAUGAAAUAAUUCGUCCUAACAUCCCACCUUUGUUGAUGAAUAUGGAAAAAGAAUCUGAGCCAUCUAUUACAGAUGUUUUUGCUGGUCAGAUCUUAAAAAACCAUGGUGUACUUUUAGAGCCUUAUAAAGAAGAACCAAAGCAAGUAGAAACUAAAGUAUUAAAGCGACCAAUUGUGCCUAUUAUUGACCCUGAAACAAUUACAGCUCCUGAAGUAACACUAUCUGAAAAGGGUCAAGUUACUGAAAAUAGUAAGAUUGAUCCAAGAAAUGAACAAAUAAAAGAAAUAACUCAGAUUGAAGCCAAGAUACAAGGUUUAAGGCAAAAAUUGGCUGAGCAACUAGAAUCUAUGUCAGAUGAUGAAGAUUUUCUAAACAUAAGAACUGAAGCUGAAGAAUUAAUGAAUGAUUUUGCUGAGGAUGUGAGUCAGGAAGUGAUACGGCCAUCCCGACCCCCAGCGACACCCCCAUUACACACUCUUAAAACAACCAUUCCACCGAUACCGGAAGUUCAAAAGCCUCCAAAAGAAAUAGAGACCUUACCUCAAAUAGAAUUAAAUCUACCAAAAAGACCAAUACGUGAACGACUUGGUGUUAAAGAAGUACCAAAGGUGCCUGAUCUUAGGGAGAAGGAAAAAACAAAAGAAACGGCAAAAGAGAGUCCCGAAAGGUUCACUCCUGAAAAAGAUACUGAACUGAAACCCAGGUCUGCAAGGAGUCGACUGGGAAGUCAGUCUGAACCACAGAGGAAAUCUUCAAUUUUCGAAGAUAGUACGGAAAAGUUGGAGAGUAGCAAAAGACUAACUUCAAAGGUGUCAGUGUUAGAGUCUCGCAGCGGCCGCCUGACGUGCGCGUCGGUGGUGCGCGUGCGGCCGCGGCCCCGCGUCGCCGCGCCCGCCUCCAGCCUGCUGCUGCGGGCUGUCGCUGACGCACAUAAGAGCUUGUUGAAUAUACCACCAAAAGUAGACACUGAGCCGCCAAAAAUCAAACGUGCGCUAGUACUGCCAAUGCGGCGCGUGGACGCGCACAAGAUAGUGAUACAAGUGCCGGUGGACACGCACGCGCACUCGGACAGCGCGGGCGACACGCUCAGUCUGGAUAGUGAGGGAGAGGAUAAGACCUCUAAAAUGACAAGGGAUAUGAUUGAAAAAGAAGAAUUCAGGCCGACUACGAUUACGAAAGUUAUAAACAACACAGAAUAUAUCCCUAACAAGUCUAGUGAGCAAGAUGACACGAUAGUUGAUAGCAGCACCAUUCAUAAUGCGACAUUACAUAAUAAAGAUAAAGGAACCCAAUUCAUAGUUACAAUGGACGGCUACCACCCAAAUGCAUUUCUUGCUAAGAAACUAAAGACAGAAGGGCUUCUAGAUGAUGACGAAAUAAAAGAAAAACCAAAAGAAACUAGUAAGCCAAAGGAGAAAGAGAAAGUAAAAGAGAAAACUCAAGAUAAAGAUAGCCAGAAAGAGAGUGUAAUAAUUAAAGAUACGGAAAAGUCUGAAAAUGAAAAAGAAAUUUCUACAAAGAAAAGAUUGAGUAAUACAAGUGAAGAAAGCGAUACUCAAGUUCUUCUGAAACAAGAGGACGAAAAGCAAAUAGACAAAAGAAAAUCUACUGAAACUAUAGAAAAAAAAGAUGAAGAUUCACCUCCAGUGAAGAAGCGUAGAGCAUCUCCGAUAAUAUUUGAUGUGGACAAAAAAGUGAAGGAGAAGGAAAAGGAAAAGGAGAAGGAAAGGGAAAAGGUGACAGAGAAAGAAAAAGACAGUGUAAGAGAGAGAACAAUUAGCGCCAGUAGUGAUAGUGUGACUUUGACAACGAGUUUGAAUUCUCAUAAAUAUGAUUCUUUGCCGCCAUUAUCCCAAGCAGAGCGUAAGUUGGUAUGGUGUCGCGCGUUCCCGCUGUGCCGGUACGGCGCGGCGUGCGCGUUCUCGCACCCGCGCUGCAAGUUCGCGGCGGCGUGCACGCGCCGGGGCUGCCCCUACUCGCACGCGCCGGGAGCUCCCGCCGCGCCGACCGCCCCCCUCACGGUGCUCGCGGCUACUGAGCCUCCGCUGGCGCUCGCAUCCCACGUGGUACCAGCAGCUAACUACAAGUCGAUAUCUGCGAUCGUUCCCAGCAUGUGCAAGUUUUACCCGAACUGCGUGAACCCCGCGUGCCACUUCUACCACCCCAAACCCUGCAGAUUCGGCAAAGCCUGCGCCAACAAACUUGAAUGCAACUUCUAUCAUCACGACUUUCCAAAAUGGAAAUAUUCUGUA